AUGGAGAUAGAACUGCAACUGGAUAGGAAGAGCAACUCCCUGGCCCGUGGACUGGUAUCUACCGGCGUCAAAAAGGGUGACAGAACAACAUAUGCGCUGUUUAAACUAGGAGCAGUCUUGGUCGUGUCCGCCCUCAGCCAUCUAGAUGCCUCUCAUUUGAUUAUCAGUACGGAAGUGAACCUACCUCGACGGGACCCUCAAUCGAACAUCCCUUUACUUCAGCAGAUUGUCCCAGAUCUCCAGUCCGUUAAGUUUGAAUCUCCCGUCAGCUCUCUCAAACAGAUCAUACUGGUCCGGAACGAUGACGGAAGAGUUGAUACGUCCGACUUGAAAUGCAUUACGCCGUAUACUUCGAUAUAUACCGAACUCUCGCAGGAUAUGAAGCCUUUGGCCGACCAGGGACUCUCUCCUACCGAUAUUGUGAACAUCCAAUUCACAUCUGGGACGACAUCAAUGCCCAAGGCCGCCUGUUUGAGCCAUCGAUCGAUCCUGAACAAUGGAGUGCAGAUUGGCGACCGAAUGCUGCUCACGCAUAAGGAUAUUGUAUGUUGUCCUCCGCCGCUCUUCCACUGCUUUGGCUGCGUGCUAGGGUUCAUGGCCACAGCCACUCACGGAUCAGCCAUUGUAUUCCCUGCUGAAUCUUUCAACGCGAUUGCAACGUUGAAAGCAGUGCAGGAAGAGAAGUGCACAGCACUAUACGGCGUACCGACGAUGUUCAUUGAGGAGCUUGACCUCAUUGCAGACGGUGUAGUACCUUACGAGGGAUUCGAACAUCUACGCACAGGCAUUGCGGCUGGUAGCAGCGUACCGUCAGAACUAAUGAAAAAACUACACAAGACACUUAACCUGACAGAGCUUACGAUAUGCUACGGUAUGACAGAGACGAGUCCGGUCUCCACGAUGACUGCAACCGACGACCCGAUCGAAAAGCGGCUGAACACCGUAGGUAAGUUACUGCCACAUGUCGAAGCGAAGGUGGUCAAUCCCCAGGACUAUAGCAAAACACUCCCCCUGGGCGAGAGAGGCGAGUUGGCUGUCAGCGGAUAUCAUGUCAUGAAGGGGUACUGGGGUGCACCCGAAAAAACCGCUGCUGUCAUGGUGCCAGACUCGGAAGGAAAAGUUUGGAUGCAUGAUCUGAUCAUCCGGGGGGGCGAGAACAUUCACCCUCUCGAGGUAGAAAACUGUCUUCUCGCACACCCCGGCAUAUCCAACGUAUCCGUGCUAGGCGUCCCCGACGAGCGCUACGGAGAAGCCGUUGCUGCCUUCGUGGUUGCACAUGAAGAAGGGGAGGGCAGGGUGACUCCUGGAGAAGUCAAAAGCUGGGUCCGAGAGAAGCUGAGCCGUCAUCUAGUUAUCAUCCCACGACUGUUUUCCGUUGCUUUUUUCGAUAUCUGGUGGAUGGGCCGCUGGACUUCGCGGCCUAGCUUUGCCCAUGAUCAAAGUUGUGUUUCAGGUUCAUUUCCUUGCGUCGCUGUCAUCAAACCACCCCCUUAUCUUACCCGUACCAUACCUUACAUCCACCCCCCAUGGGGCUGCGGAUGGUUGAUCCUAUAUCCGCGAUUGAUUGACUACUUGACGAAAUUUGGCCCUGGCCAAUCGUCGUUAGCGCGACCUCGAAAGGACCAAUUGUCUCGCUGUCAUUUAUAUCGCAAAAAUAUACAUCCACAUCGCCGUGCAACCCCCCCAAAACCUCCAUGUGAUCCAUGUGGAGUCCACGAGAGUGGCAGACAAGCGGUGCAAGCUGCCCAUGUCCGUAUCUCGCUGCAUGUCCGCUUGCCUUAA